AUGGACCCUAGUAAGCAGUCUCAAUCGUCCAACCCAAUCUACCCAUUCGUUAUUCUUCCAGAAUAUCAACUUUUAGUGUGCGAGUUAUGCGGAUUUGCAACCCUCCCUAACGAGGUUAACACACACCUCAGGACAGAACACAACGACAUUGCUCUGGAGUGCCGGCGCAAGUUGGUCGAGCAGGUCAACGCAAUCCCAAAUCUUCUCCAAAACCAGGCUAAACUUCAACUACCAUACAUACCGAUUGAACCGAUUUCUUGCCUUGCUGCACCGAGAUUGGACGGACGGAAGUGCCGGAAAUGUGGCUGUAUGUUCCGCCAAGCCCAAAAGAUGAGGCUCCAUUGUAUGAAGGAGCACCUCUGGAAAAACCCACGAGAGAGAGAAAGGCCAAUAUCAGGUCUGGAGCCGGCUGCUGAGUUACCAUGGAUCGAGGGCGUCGCCUGUCAACGGUUCUUUCCUUCUCGGGAAGGUAGCAGAUGGUUCGAGGUCCUUCAAGAAACUAAAAAAUCGAAGAAGGGAGCAAGACUCGCAAAAUCAUCUCGGCCUGAUUUGAGCAAAGACGUCCGAAGCCUGAACUGUGAGGCGCGCGCCCAUCUAAGUGAUGUAUUAGAGCGAGAGGAGAAUUUUUUUGACCAGAUGAAUCAGCCACGCAUGAGUGCCAAGGACUUGGGCAGCGAUGCUCUUGCAUCUACCGGUCUAUGGCCAGAGAGAACUCAAUGGCGGGUCAUCUUUGAGAACGCUCGACGUGAUAUCCUACGAGCAAUGACGCGGUUACCAGAUCGACAUUCAUUGAUGUCAGACUAUGUUAUGGCACAAGGGUGCCAGCAAGGGGAUUUGUGUAUUAGGAGCUCCUACGUGGAUGAACAGAAAAUAUCGUGUACCAUGAGGGCAUUAGACUUGGUGAUAGAUCGCUGCGAGAACACAGUCCAUCACACAGGCCGCACCCUCUUAUGCUGGCUUUCGAGUCCGAAGCUUCAUGUCUAUGGCGAAAAUCCAUUCUGUCUUGUGGCAGAGAAGAGCAGCGAAACUAGAUAUAGGGUGCUUCAGAAACGCUUUCUCGCAUUCGUUAUCCGACUUCAUAGGAUGUCGAAUGCUCUGCAAGGAGAAGUGGCCAACUUUCGGUUAAAUACGGUGCUUUCUGCGAGACUGGAACGUUUAUGGAGUCAUAAAGUUUGGAAUAUGUUCGAUGUAUCUCGGGGACUGUGGCCCAAUCUUGGCAAUUCCCUCUACGUCGAAGAGACUUCUAUGGCCCUACUCAAGAAUUAUCAUCAGAAACGCAUUGCGUUUCCUGUGUUUGACCAAUGA